CUGAACAGCAGCGGCUGCUCCUCCCAGCCUCCAGCCUCUCUUACAGGCCCAGCCACGGAAAAUGGAAGAGGCAGGAGGGUCCCUGGAAGAGGCUCUCCUUUUUGCCCUGGAUGACCUGCGUGGGGAGAACUUCAAGCGGUUCAAAAACAAGCUGUGCUUCCUGAAGAUGGAGGGGAAGGCCGGCAUCCCCUGGAGUGAUCUGCAGCAUGCUGACACUGUAGACACGAUGCAGCUCUUGUUUCAGACCUAUGGGGAGGAGGGGGCCCUAGAUGUGGCCGUUGAGGUCCUCAAGAACAUCAGCCUGCGGGGCUCUGCCUCCCGGCUCCAGAAGGAGAAGUGGAACGAUCGCAGGCAGAAGUACAAACAGCAUGUCCGGGCUACAUUCUGCAGCCGAUGCGAACAGCCCAUCCACCCCGGCACAGAGGCGAGUCUCCACCAAACCUACACAGAGCCGCUUCUGACCAGGACUUCGUGUCCGCAGGAGGGAGCUCAUGAACUGAUGGUUGGGGAAAGGAAGCACCGUGAGAUGGAGACUCGCCCCAAAGACUUCCUCACAGUCAGCCUGGGGGAUUUGUUUGAUUCGGAUGCCCAGUACCCACACUCCAAAACCACUGUGCUGCUGGGACCCGCUGGGGUGGGGAAAACCACCGCCAUGUGGAAGGUAAUGGUGGACUGGGCUUCUGGCAAGCUUUGGCAGGACAGGUUUGACUAUGUCUUCUGCAUCCCUUGUGGAGCAAUCAACCAUGACGGCCAGCCCAUGAGUGUGGUUGACCUGAUACUCUGCAGCUGUUGUCCAGGGAUUGUUCUAGCGGACGACAUCUUCAUGAACCAAGACAGAAUCCUUGUCAUUUUGGAUGGUUUUGAUGAACUGACACAUCCUGGUCUCCCAAGCAAGAUGCUGAGCAGUGACCUACACAAAAAGGAGGCCCCAGGGAAUUUGGUGAUGGGCUUGCUGGGGAAAAAGCUGCUAGCCAAGAGCCACCUCAUUGUGACAGCGAGGCCCACGGCUUUAGAAUCACUCCGGCUGUGCCUGAAAUUGCCACAGUUUGUGGAGGUGCUGGGCUUUCGCCCGGCACAAAGGAAGGAGUACUUCCACCGCUUCUUUGAGAACAAGCAAGAAGCCGCCCUAGCCUUGGAAACCAUCCGGAGAAAUGAAACCAUUUUCAGCAUGUGUUUCCUUCCCAUGGUAUGUUGGAUUAUCUGCUCCAUCUUCAGACAGAAGCCACAAAACAAUCUCCUGAAAGAGAUCCCAGAGACUGCAACACUCACGGAAAUUCACAUGCUGCUCCUGUUUAGUUUCCUAGGGGGUCGCCCCAGGCCAAGAAAUCUGGAAGGCUUGUGCUCCCUGGCCAAAGAUGGGGUGCUGCACGAGAUGACGGUCUUUGAUGAAGAAGUACUGAAAGCGCAUGGCCUGAGAUACCCAGACCCGGAAGACCUUUCUGAGAGCGGCAGGGUUCUCCACCGAAGCGGCUUCGGAGCAGCCACAUACAAGUUCGCCCACUUAAGUUUCCAGGAAUUCUUUGCGGCCUUGUUCUUCCUCCUGGAGAAAGAUGGGAACUCCGAAUUAUCGUUGACAGACCUGAAUAAGGUUUCUGGAAGCAGGAAGGAAUACGGCAGGGACCACUCCAUGUUGGUGCGUUUCCUCUUUGGCCUCUCCAACACAAAGAGGCUGAGUGCCCUACGGAAAAUGUGGGGCUGCCAGACAUCCGGUAGGGGGCUCCUGCAGGAAUUGUUGAAGUGGGUGGAAGCAGAAGCCCAGCAUCGUUCUUCCAGGCGAAGGGAGCAUCUGCUGGAAUUGUGCCAUUGCGCCUAUGAGGUGGAGGACACUGAGUUUGCCAGGAGGGUAAUGGGACAUGUUCACAACCUGGAUCUUCGAGAUCAGCUCUCUACCAAGCUGGAUUUUGCAGCUCUUUCCUUUUGCCUGUCCGCUUCUGAUGCAUCCCACUCGCUUCGGAUCUCUGGCUAUACCCUGCAGCCUGCAGGAUUUGGGCAGCUCUUACCGGGACUGCUGACAUCUUCAGACAUCCAGAUGAAUCGCUGUGGACUCUCAACUGCUCUGUGUGAAUCCCUCUCCUCCAUUGCGGAGACCAACCAGCAUCUCACCACUCUGGAUUUGGGUGAAAAUCCACUGCGUGACUUGGGUGUGAUCCCCUUGUGUAACAGUCUGAUCCGCUCAGGCAGUAAGCUUCAGUGUCUCCGGCUGAAUUGUUGCGGUCUUACAGCUGCGGCAUGCGAGUCUCUUUCACGAGUCCUGACAUCUAACCAGUGCCUAACGGAGCUGGAUCUCGGAGAGAAUCAUCUGGGAGAUUUGGGGGUCCGGCAACUGUGCAAGGGACUGAAGCACCCGCAGUCCAGGCUGCAAAGACUCACGUUGCACUGCUGUGGGCUCACAGCUGCCGUCUGUGAGGACUUGGCCUCUGUCCUGGAAACCAGCGAAACCCUGAUGGAGCUUGGCCUGGGGGAGAACAAGCUGGGAGACGAGGGCGUCAGGCAGCUGAGCAUGGCACUGAAGAGGCCGGGCUGCAAACUCCAGAGACUAGUGCUGACCAUGACGUUUCUCAAUGCAGUCACCAAGAAAAAGCUGCAGGCAGCGUGUGCUGCACAUCCUCAGCUCUUCCUGGCCUCCUAUUAUCCGCCUGGCUUCCCAGUCUUCCCAGGGGAAGAGGAAUAGGGUGAAUUCACAGGGCUUGAUCACUCAGUGGUUUGCAGAUAAGGAACAGCAUUUGUGGUGUUCCUGCUCUCUGCCCUUCCCACAAGGGCAGAGCAGGCAAGUCACUGAUUCACUUGCAGACUAUCAAGUGAAGAAAUAUAGCAUGGUGUGUGACACCAUGGGCGUGAGACACCAUUAUUAUCCUGCCUGGUCACUUUUCCUGGAACUCAAGAGAAAGGGAGCCGGCCCAGUGAUUUAAUUGACUGGUGUGUGUGAUAUUCUGGUUUUGUACUUGUAAUAUCUGCCUGCCUGAUCCUAAGCAUGCUUCCUCAAGAGUAUUAAAAAUAGUUACAUUUUGUUUGGUAGCAGAGUUACCCAGUCACAAGCAUUUUAUCCCAACGUGCAGUACUUAAUCCACAGGCAAAUUAAAUUGUAAAAAAGAUAGAACUUACAGUUUAUUGGAGUAGAUUCCAUUCAAAGCAUUUUCUUGUGGAAGGAAGAAAGAGUCCUAGUCUAAAACAUUACUUACCCUAUACUAUGGCCGACUUGUUCAGCAUCGAGACUGCAGGCGGAUAUGUGGAUGAAGCCUUUGGUAGGGGCUCUGAAAAGGUACCCCCUUGGAAGGCCAUGAGGCAAGAGAGGGUCUCUCGAAACGGAGUGAAGGAGUCAGGAGGCAUUCCCUUCUUACAGAAGUUGCUUAUCAAGAGUGUAACAGAGAUAUGCAGAACUCUCCAAUGUUCACAGCAUGCUGAGUUCCCCAUUGCAACAAGGAGCAAGUCCCACUGAGUUCCAAAGAGCUUGCCGCCAAAGAAGUCUGUGCGGGACUGCAGCUGUAAGUAAGGUGGGUGGAAAGAGGUGUUACCAAGAGAAAUCCAAUCAAAGGAGUAAUCAACCCAUUCUGAGUGAGUGAGGAUCUUUCCCAACUAUUGAUGUGCAGAAAGGGUGGGCAGUUUAGUGUAGUGGUUAAGAGCAGCAGGAUUCUAACCUGGAGAGCCAGGUUUGAUUCCCCAGUCCUCCGCUUGAAGCCAGCUGGGUGGCCUUGGGUCAGUCACAGCUCUCUCAGAGCUCUCUCAGCCCCACCCACCUCACAGGGGGAUUGUUGUGAGAAUAAUAACAACACACUCUGUAAACCACAGUAAGUGGGUCUUGAAGGGUGGUAUAUAAAUCAAAUGUUGCUGUUGUUAUUAUUGUAAGUGGAAAUUGCCUUGUUUCACUGGUUUGACUGAUGCCUAAGUUUCUGUGCAGCCAAAAGACUUGUUAGAAACCAAAAUAAUUCUGGCUGUCCUGGAGGCAAGAGUCC